GGACCCCGCCGGAAUCCCAACAAUACAUAACGGUCAAUUGAGAAAAAGGAACUCCGGACUCCGGAGAACCUAAGAGGUUCCAAAGAUGGAGCCUCUCCGCUCAAACGUUGAUCUCAAUCCACCACAUCGUUGUCCGAAACCCCCAAAAUACACUUCUUUACGGCACAUUCCGAUUCGGUUUCAGUGUUCGAAUUAUCAGUUGAACAGAAAAUGGAGCAUGAAAUCCACGCUUCGUACCUCGUGCCGGAAGGUGAUUACAACGGAGUCUAAGCCACAAAAUCAUCAAGAUUUGUUCACAUCAAUCAAGAGGGGGUUCGUUGGUUUCGCUGCUGCAGCUGCGUGUUUCUCUUCGACUUGCUUCGAUUUUCCAGCCCUUGCAGAAUCUCUAACGGUUGCUUUUCCUGUUUCGCAUGCUAGCGAGGUGAAUACAGUUCAAAGAACUCUUGUGGAGGCGUGGGGUUUGAUUCGAGAAACAUUUGUAGACCCAACAUUUAAUCAUCAAGACUGGGACUUAAAGUUGCAGCAAACUAUGGUGGAAAUAUUUCCACUUAGAUCAGCUGAUGCUGCAUAUGCCAAGAUCAGUUCUAUGCUUUCUACUCUAGGAGAUCCCUUUACACGGCUAAUCAGUCCUAAGGAUUACCAGAGUUUUAGGAUUGGUAGUGAUGGAAGGUUGCAGGGAGUUGGGCUCUUCAUAUCUGCUGAGCCAAGAACAGGACAUUUGGUUGUUAUGUCUUGUGUUGAGGGUAGCCCAGCUGCUCGUGCUGGAAUACGUAAAGGAGAUGAGUUGAUUGAGAUCAAUGGGCAGAGGCUUGAUGGUCUUAAAAGUGAGGAAGCAGCACAGAAGCUCAGAGGGAAUGUUGGAACAUCUGUUACUGUUACAGUCCACCGUGGCAAGGAUUCAGAUGGUGAUUCUGAUUUGAGAGAGGUUAAUAUACAACGGGAAUAUAUUAAGCUUUCUCCGCUCUCCAGUUCCAUCAUCGCCCAUAGAACUCCAAAUGGCCACCUAGCAAAAACUGGUUAUGUGAAGUUGUCAGCCUUCUCACAGACUGCUGCUGUUGAUAUGGAAGAUGCCAUCCGUUCAUUUGAAAGCCAGGGAGUGGACUCGUAUAUUUUGGACCUACGUAACAAUCCAGGAGGCUUAGUAAAAGCCGGUCUUGAUGCUGCUCAAAUAUGGCUUGAUGGUAAUGAGACCCUUGUAAACACGAUUGAUCGGAGCGGGAAUAUGUCACCUAUCAACAUGGUCAAUGGGCAUGCUAUAACUCAUGAUCCUCUUGUUGUGCUUGUAAACGAGGGAAGUGCUAGUGCUAGUGAGAUUUUGGCAGGAGCGUUGCAUGACAAUGGCAGAGCUAUUCUUGUGGGCCACAGAACAUUUGGCAAAGGAAAAAUCCAGAGCAUCACGGAAUUGCAUGAUGGUUCGGCGCUUUUUGUGACGGUUGCGAAGUAUCUAUCCCCUGCACUUCUUGAAAUAGAUCAGGUUGGCAUAACACCUGACGUGCAGUGUACAACCAGCAUACUAGAUUCCCCUAAAGGACCAUUGUUAAGGGAGGAGAAUUCAACUUCAACCUCAUCUCUAGAAGCAGAUUCAUGCAUUAUGGUUGCAGAGCAUGAAUUGGACAUUCGAGAGUCUAAAGGUACGGCUUCUUGAACUACCUAACACACUGUCAAUUUAGCUUUUUGUAGAAUCUCCGAUCUUAGAUUCGUCUAUAUAUACAUUUGUUGUGUAUCGUACUGUAUAUAUUAGGCUUAAAGGGAAUGUUUCAUUCCCAACUAAUUCAGAAUUUCGGCUACAUUUAUAUAUAUAUAUGGUUUCUUCUGUA